AUGGCUAUCUCCAACAUGGCGAGCAUUUCGUCCUCGUUGAUGUCGAGCAUGCCCAGCUUAACAAGGUUCUGUGGCAAGGAGAGGAAGCUGGAAUCCUUUGAGGAUAUCACCGCAAAGGCGGCGCUCAAGGUCACCAAGGUAUCUCAGACUCCGUUUGGGUUAGGAUGGGCUGGUUUGUUCAUUGAGUGA